AUGAGCAAACAAAAUGCUUAUUGCUCACUUGUAUCGAAGAAGUACAAACCGUGGGUAGAAAAGGGACAUCCGAAGGUCGCUUCUUUGAAAACCGUCCCAUUGUUGUUUCCAGAGCUUUGUGCAGAACUCUUUGAUGGAAACAAUGUAUCUGGUAAUCUCAGCUAUGCCACAUCCCAAACACCAUCGGGACAGGGAUCAUCUUAUUUCCAUGUCAUACUACUAAAGUUAAUGGAUGCCCCUUCCAUUAACAUAGAUGAAGAUGAUUACUUUUGUAAUCAUACUACUGAACAUUUUACUCAGCCACCACCUUCUGCUGCUGCACCUUUUGUUGAUUCACCUUCUGAUGCUUCACCUUCUGCUUCUAUUACUGCUAAUGAUUUAGCACUAGAGAUGCAAAAAGCUCUACACCAUUUGACUCAAGGGCCAACAAUUCCCCAAUGUUUAGAGAAGCUUGAGUUGAUCGAGUUAGGCCUAGUAGACCCUCUACGAUUUGCUGCUUAUCACAUUUUUGGAGGGACCAUGAAUAUAAGAGAGGCGUGGGUAAAUUUUCCCAAUGAUCCACAAAUAUUAAGAGGAUGGAUCGAGAUGACAGCUACAAGUUUAGGAGUUUUAAAGGAUGGAAAGACUAUUCAUUAA